AUGGAGGACGACGAGGAGGAGACCACCGCGUCCACGCUGCGGGGCAAGCCCAGGCCGCCGCCCGUCUCGGCGCAGUCCGCCUUCAGCUACAUCCCGCCGCGGCGCCUGGACCCCAAAGAGCACAGCUACUACUACCGCCCGGCGCGAACAGGAAUUAUUUCCCUCUAUGAUUGUGUUUUUAAGAGGCGCCUAGAUUAUGAUCAGAAGUUGCACCGAGAUGACAGAGAACAUGCAAAAAGCCUGGGACUUCAUGUUAACGAAGAGGAACAGGAGAGGCCGGUUGGAGUGCUGACGUCUUCUGUCUAUGGGAAGUGCAUCAAUCAGCCCAUUGAGCCCCUAAACCGGGACUUUGGCCGUGCCAACCACGUGCAGGCUGACUUCUACAGGAAGAACGACAUCCCCAGCCUCAAGGAACCCGGCUUUGGGCACAUUGCUCCAUCCUGAAGCAUCCCCGUGGCCCACAGGGCAUGUCCGAUACCCUGUGGCCUGGCAAGUUUGCACAGCGAGAAGGUGGCAUCUGGAGCCUCCUUUCCCCUUCUCAUGACGCCUAGGAGCUUGGCUAUGCCUGUGUUGCAUCUCUACAGUGGGACACAUGAACACGUUAGCAGCCUCCCUCAGGUUGCUGGGUUAGGAGCCUGACCAACAACACCUUUAGUACAUGUGAAGAGUCUCUGAUGUGAUGAUUUUCAGCUGGAAUUAUUUUUGAUCAAAUGAAUCUGGAGACCGAUUCAUUGUGAGCACCUGAAUAAAAUGAAAACUUUGUUUCCCCUUGGUAA